GCGCGUGAGGGCUGCCGCGGCCUCGUGGUGGAGCAUCGGACCCUUCAAGAGGAAGGAUGAAAGCUCUACAUAGGAACACGAUGUGAAUGGAAGAAACUUGUCAUUAUGCAAAUAAUACGACACUCUGAACAGACCCUAAAAACAGCUCUCAUCUCAAAGAACCCAGUGCUUGUGUCACAGUAUGAGAAAUUAGAUGCUGGGGAACAGCGUUUAAUGAAUGAAGCCUUCCAGCCAGCCAGUGAUCUCUUUGGACCCAUUACCUUGCAUUCUCCAUCAGAUUGGAUCACCUCCCACCCUGAGGCCCCCCAAGACUUUGAACAGUUCUUCAGUGAUCCUUACAGAAAGACACCCUCUCCAGACAAACGCAGCAUUUAUAUACAGUCCAUUGGCUCUCUAGGAAACACCAGAAUUAUCAGUGAAGAAUAUAUUAAAUGGCUCACGGGCUACUGUAAAGCAUAUUUCUAUGGCUUGAGAGUAAAACUCCUAGAACCAGUUCCUGUUUCUGCAACAAGGUGUUCCUUUAGAGUCAAUGAGAACACACAAAACCUACAAAUUCAUGCAGGGGACAUCCUGAAGUUCUUGAAAAAG